AUGGAGGUAUUUGUCCUACUGUCUGUCCUGUCUCUUAUUGCUGGGGAGUAUGAUUACGGUUACCGCGUGGAUAACCAACUACUAAAGUUAUUUAAUGACACUGGAGAGAGAUCUUGUUGCAAAGAAUGUAUAGCUUACACAAAUUGUCAGUCUGUGAAUUACAACAAGAAUAACUAUUCUUGUGAGUUGAACUAUCAGCACAUUUCUGGUCCUGGUAAGGCUAUUCACGCCGAAUACGUCUACAUGGACAGGUCCCACUGCUUCUCGCUGGCUUCAUGUAGUAAGAGAUUUUGCAAUCUUUCUUGCAAUGCUAACGAAAAAUGUGUUUUGACCUCUAUGAAUCAACCUGCUUGUAUAAUAACAGAGUGCGACCCGACUGCUACGAUACUGGAUAUUUCGCCAGAACAUGUCAGAAGAGAAGUUGGUCUUUCCCACUGGUUAUGGUGUACAGUACCACCAACUGACAGUAUACAGUUAUUCACAUGUGAUACAGACGGACAAUGGGUAAAAAAUUACAGCAGUUGCGUAUGUUGGUAUGGAACGUACUUGGAUGGUAAUGUUUGCAAAAAAUGCCAAGAAGGAAAGUAUUUGCCAUACUACAACAAAAAAGGAUCUAGCUCUUGCAUUGACUGUCCUGCUGGAUAUUAUACACCAGUUCCGGGCCUUGGCAAGUGCACGGCAUGUCCAAUCGGAUCUUACCAAAGCAGCCAUGGUAAAUCUUUCUGUGACAUUUGUCAAGCCGGUAAAUACAGCAAUGUUGAAGCUGCAACAUUCUGCGUUGACUGUCUAGAAGGGCACUACCAACCAGAUCCAGGUCAGGGCAAUUGCAUCGCAUGUCCAAUCGGAUCUUACCAAAGCAGCCAUGGUAAAUCUUUCUGUGACAUUUGUCAAGCCGGUAGUUACAGCGAUGUUGAAGCAGCAACAUCCUGCCUUGACUGUCCAAAAGGGCACUUCCAACCAGAAUCAGGUCAGGACAAUUGCAUCGCAUGUCCAAUCGGAUCUUACCAAAGCAGCCAUGGUAAAUCUUCUUGUGACAUUUGUCAAGCUGGUAGUUACAGCGAUGUUGAAGCAGCAACAUCCUGCCUUGACUGUCCAAAAGGGCACUUCCAACCAGAAUCAGGUCAAAGCAAUUGCAUUCCAUGUCCAAUCGGAUUUUGUCAGGACACCAUUGGUGAAACGAAAUGUGACCCAUGUUGAGGAUAAAGAGUUGUAAACACUGUUAAAAGCGAUUUACAGCGACUCAAAGGGAGCAACAUCCUUCAAGAACUGUCCAACAUUAACGUCUUAAAAUCAUAAUGAUCAGACUUUAGAAAUUAAUAAUUAAAACUGUGUCCGAUAGUCUUUUCAGUGGGCUUUACAUCUUGUUAAUUAUUAUCUGUUUCAUUAUUUGAAUUAUUCUUUUCUAUUUUACUCUAAAUCUUAUAACUGGCCAGCAUCUUAUUCAAAGAGAUGAUAAAUAUCCUGGCUUCAUGACUGAUGCAUUUAGUACAAAUGUAACUUUGAAAAGGGUAUUCCAUUGUGAAAAAAUUAAUUAUUUGGUUUUCAUAUUAGGGACAGAUAAAGUUUUUGAUUAUAGUGUAACGAAACUGUUAGACGAAAGGUAUUAAAAUAAAAGUAAUUUGACAUAGGUUCAUCUUGUUCAAGUUUUUUAAUUUUGUUGUGCAUUUUUUCUAGGUAGCUUUGUAUUUACAAUGUUACUGGGAAAAUGUGUUAAUGUACAUGUAGGUCACGUUUAUAAACCUGCUCAUUAGGAAGUGUCAAAUGUCGCCUCUUUGCUAGUUCAGGCCUGUAAUGAACAGUGUGUUGCUAUAAAUUUAUAA